GCGUAGUUGUGCUUGCAGAAAAGUUUGCCAUCGGUGCGACCGUCAUCAAAGUUAACUCGGUCUUUAAUUGUUGCCGCUCUUGCGAGUUGUGCUGGCCUAUGUAGGACGGUGCCUGGGUCGGUAGACAUUGGGUUAAAAGACGGGUCUUUUGCGUACACACCAUUCGUAUUAUUUUGUUUGGCCGCCCGACCGUGGUAAAAACAAUUGCGUGCAGCAGGUGGCCGAAGUAGCGAGGAUGUGGCCUUUUAAAGUUGGUCGCUUCAGGGAGCUUGAGGUAAUGGCGGCGCGUCGUCGGUGCAAUUGCCGUGCAAGGGUUCGGCGGCCGCAGGUUCGGCCGAUAGGUCAAGAAGGAAGAGGAGGAAGAAGAGGAGGAGGAAGACGAGGAGGAAGAGGAGGAGGAGGACGACGAAGAGGAGAAAGGAGGGAUGAAGAGGAGGACAAGGAGGUGGAAGAUGAGGAGGAGGAAGAGGAGGGGGCGGAUGAGGAAGAGGAGGAGGAAGAGGAGGAGGAGGAGGAAGAGGAGGAAGAAAAGGAAGAGGACGAAGAGGAGGAAGAAAAGGAAGAGGAGGAAGAAGAGGAGGAGGAGGAGGAGGAAGACGAGGAGGAUGAAGAAGAGGAGGAGAAAGAGGAGGAGGACGGAGAAGGGGCGAACGCGGAGGAGAAUGGGAGGGAGAAGGAGAGAGAGGAGGGGAAUAAAGGGGGAUUUUUGAUGCAGAAUUAGCCACCUGUUAAGGUCAAUUUUUGUGAGUGGCUACCAUUGCAGGGCCCUCAAGAGUUUGAAGGCACCAAGGCCCUCUUCACGCGAGUCUGAGUGACCCCUUUUUGAAUCUUGAGUGUUUAAACCCCUUUCUCUACCUUUUAAUACUCCUAGUCUAGUCUGUUGUUCGGGGGAGGAAGGCGUCGGGUGGGAUUGCAAUCCACAAGAUCGCAGUAAGGCAGUGUGGGGGAACUGCCCACUAAUUGUAGGAGCUCUGUCGGAGCGCAGGUGAGGUUUUGGAGGCGGGAACGCUCAGGUAUUGCGACGUUUUACGCAAGUGAUCCUGUAUUUUUAUAGUCGUAUUGCCUUUUAGCUAUUUGAAGUUUGAUUGAGUUUUUUAUUAUUAUUAUUGUUGAAUAACUUUGUUUCAUGACUUAAUUUGAAAUUGGAUAAAGGAAAUGUGUAUGAAAAUCCAUACAACUUACUUGAAAGCAAAGAAAACAAAUUUGCUAUGCAAUC